GGUCCACGGUCCACGGAUCCAUGCAUUACCCAACUGAGACUAAUUGAGGGUAUUUAAUAGAUUAUAGUACAGAAUACUACAGAUUAAUAGAUUAAUCUACCAGAUCUAACCACAUGCAACACAUGCAAUUAUUUGCAAAGCAGGAAGUCUUCGCAUUUACUUAUUUAUUUAUUUAUUCAUUUAAUAAGAAUUCCUGCUCUUCUAAAGAAGCAGAGUCCAGACUCCAGACUCCAGUAGCCGGAAUGUCCAUAUUAAUAUAUAUUAUAAUACUUGUAUAAUACUUGAAUCUAUACCUACCUAAAUAGCAGUCUCGUUACUCAUAGUUAUGUGAUUGAGAUACAUAUUGAAAUCUUCCAAAGUCGCAUUACCACUAAUUCUCUUAGAUCUUCUUCUAAAGCCGGAUGUUACGGAGUUGCAAACCAGCCCAACUCAUCAACUCGGUUGCGCAAGAUCCUGACAUACGUCGACACACCUUGACACACACACCCCCCCUAACGACUUAUCACUUUAGAUUCGUUUGCAAGCCUUUUUUUCAUUCGUCCAACCUGCGUGAACUCAAGCCACAUACCAAUGACCUCGGUCGUAGCCAGAUAAUGGAAGAUGUCGACAUCUCCAUCGGCCGCAGAGGUCGCGCGUCCUCACCAAGGUGAUUUGCCAUCCACUCUUACGAAUGCGCAUGCGAACUUGAAGAUAAAUCCAAAUCAACCCGAAUCGCCUCGUGAACUAGGACGAUCGCCUAACUCUUCCGACGAUCCAAGCAGCAACACCACACUGCUAGGUACCGCCAAGAAAAGUGGCGCAAGAUUAUCGCGAAGAGAUACAGGAGGAAAGGAUGCGAAGGACAAAAAAGACACGGAAAAUGCUAACGGGCGGCCUGGCCCGCAGGUCGCAUCCCCCCUAGCAAUCGAUCCUUUAACCCACCAUAUCUUUUCGCGGACUAAUACCGAGCGUUCCAUCGCCUCGAGGUUUCGCAACCCCGUCCGGCCCGAUAGCCCUGCCAACGAGGCCCUUCCUCGUCCUUCCUCCGACCUAUCUUCCAGACAGGUGGCUGCCCAGCCAGAUAUAUCUAGAGACAAGAGGUAUAGCUCGAAUUCGAAUCCGAGGGAGAAUGGAGUGGCCUCACGGAUGCUCGCGAAUAAGAAGGGCGGGUUCCUUAGUCGUCUGAGUAUGAUCGGUGGCAAGAAAAAGGAAGAGGGGAUCCCAGAUGACGAAUCCGAGCUUAGCGAAUUACGAACGGAGGGCGCAAAUGCUGUUGUCUUCUCUUCUGCCAUCGGUGCGGGAGGGUACAUCCCUCACCAUAAAGAGCCUCCCAGAUAUAUUAGGGUCCGAGCGCAGAACAAGAAGGUCAAGGAGUUCAACCGCAUGUUUCUGGCUCAGGAGCUAGUAGGCACGCAACGGCCAGCUCAAGACGAUGAGACGAAAACCACUAGCGGCACCACCGAAUCCCAUGUAUCUAGUAAGGAGGAUUCGGAGGGUGGUCCGAUCUGGGCUGUCGAGUUUAGUAAAGAUGGUAGAUACAUGGCUACCGGUGGUCGAGAUCGAGUUGUGCGCAUAUGGGCAGUUCUCGCAACACAGGAAGACCGCAAAGCGUACGCCGAGGAAGAGAAGGCCACGAACGACAAGGAACAGCACCUAAGUGCGCCAGUCUUCCGUGCCAAACCAAUCCGCGAGUUUGUUGGUCACACGGGUGAGAUUCUGGAUCUUAGUUGGAGCAAAAACAACUUUCUUCUCUCGUCUUCGAUGGACAAGACUGUUCGUCUGUGGCAUAUCAGCCGACAGGAAUGCUUGUGCACGUUCAAGCACAAGGACUUCGUUACCUCUAUCGCAUUCCACCCUCGUGACGAUCGGUUCUUUUUGGCCGGAUCGCUCGAUUCUUACCUACGAUUAUGGAGUAUUCCCGACAAGGCCGUUGCAUAUUCAAGCCAGCUGUCGGAUUUUAUCACCGCAGUCGCCUUCUCCCCUGAUGGCAAAACUGCCCUGGCCGGAUGUAUUAAUGGUCUCUGUAUGUUUUACGAGACCGAGGGGCUAAAGUACCUUGCGCAGAUCCACGUGCGAUCGUCGCGGGGCAAGAACGCCAAGGGGAGCAAGAUAACUGGUAUCGAAAUGAUGAGAUUUCCUCCCAACGCCCCCGAUGGCAUUCUCAAGGUUCUCAUUACCUCGAAUGACUCUCGCAUCAGAAUAUACGAUUUUUCGGAAAAGAAUCUUGAUUUAAAGUUGAAGGGUCAUGAAAAUGCCUGUAGCCAAAUCAGGGCGACGUUUAGUGACGACGGCAGUUAUAUUAUAUGUGGAAGUGAAGACAAGCGAGCGUUCAUAUGGUCCACUAGCCCAAGGCUCGCUGAGAACAAGGAGAAGAGGCCUUGCGAAUACUUUGAGGCUCACUCCCAUAUUGUAACCGGGGCUAUUUUUGCGCCGACGACGACGAGACAGUUACUUCAAACUUCCGAGGAUCCCAUAUUCACCCUUUGUAACCCUCCGCCUAUAACGUUGCUCAGCAAAGAAGAAUCUGCAGUGAAUCCAGUGAAUCAGACGGUAGAAUCUCAAGAUGUGCAGUCGGAAGCUUCAUCCAAACUCAAGAGGCCUGACGAAUCUCCUGGGUUUAUUUCCCGUUCUACCCACUACGAUGGUAAUAUUGUCAUCACUACAGACCACGCAGGCUUGAUUAAAAUCUUCCGCCAAGAUUGCGCCUUCGUCAAGCGUCGACACGACAAUUGGGACACAGCAUCAACCUUCUCUAGGAAAUUAGGAAGAGAUGGGCUUCUUGGUCGCAGCGGUAGCAUAGUCACGAAGAUCAGCACCGGCAGUCGAGAUCCACAUUCUCGUCGCGGCUCACUCACACAGCCCAUCCAGGCUGUAUUCCAAGCCAACUCGGAUAGAAUAAAUACAUGGCGACAUGGAGUGGAAGGACAUCCUGGACGACCGGUUUCUAUCUCCAUAUCCACGCCUGCUCGUAGCGAGCGGUCAUUGUCUCCGAGCAAGGCAGCUCGCACGCCUGUGAAUCCUGCCUCGGAAGCAAGAAGACAACCCUACACGCACUCAUCCAUGGUACAAAGCCCUGCAAGUCCUACCGCCAGUCUACAGACCAACAAGACCAACGACCGUUCGGGCUUGCGAGAACCUACACUGCCACCAACGCCGAGCUUUUCAUUCCGCCCCAUGGACGAAGAGGAAGACGAUCUGCGCCUAGAUCCCGCCGGUGCAAGCUACGCGUUCUGGAACCUGAACAAAUGGCGCAACGUCAGUCAGCAGCGAAGCAUCGGGAACCCACCGAGGGGGAUAUCCCCGGGGCCAAAAAGUCCUUUGCACAACCGAUCUGCGAGCGCGGCACCAGCCUCCGGUAACCAAACCGUGAAAGAUGCCCGGCGAAGAACUGUAGGAAGCGGGAGUCUAUUAGGACUCGGAGAAGGAGCUAAAUCGCGCGAUCAUGCAACAACAACGGCAGAAGAAUCCGAGCGCCGAAGAAGAAGCGUACCAGCAGAGGCGGUGUUGUUAUCGUCCUCUCCAUCUCCUCCCCCCGAACACAAAUUCAAACACAAACACAAUGGCAGCGACAGCCGUCUCCUACCUCCCUCCCGACCCAUCGCCUCCCGCAUGGACUCCUUCGGCAGUCGCCUCAGCCGGCUCAGCUCCGAAGUCGCCACGAGCGAGGAACAGGAUGACGACGACGAAGGCGAAGACAUGCAGUGCCCCGCGUGCGGUCACCGGACGUUCAGGGCGAAGAAGAUGGCGGGGAAGCAGAAGCUGCUGUGUGGGAAGUGUGGGAGGGCUGUUGAUUCGUGACAUCUAACAUGACAUCUAAUACACACACACACACACGCGCACACACACACAUAUAUAUAUACAUAUAUAUAUAUAACCUUCGGAAAGAAGAUAUAGGGAAGAUAUAAUGAAAACGAAUAGGCUGGACAGGACAGGACAGGGGCUGGGUUACGUAUAUGCAUGGAUGGAAUGAAUUUAAUGGAGAAACGAAUUUAAUAUCGGAGUUAGGUAGUUGGUUUAUAUAGGGGAAAGGGUGGUCGGCAGCAGUGAUUUCUUUUCUUUUCUUCAUCAAAGAAAAAAGAGCGUUUGGAGUUGAAAAGGGGGGUUGGGGGUUGGGGGUUUACCUAGG